AUGGCGAAACGCUUCACUCCCUUCAACGGGGCAGCCAUAACUCAAGUGCCGUCGAAGCUCAAAUUACAGGAUGAAAUGAACCAGGAACUUUGGUUCAGUGAUUGUCCGUCUAUUGAACGACGGGUCAAUGGCUUCGAGAGAGAUCGACAAGUGAUAGACUCGGGUGCCUAUCUAGGAAACCCAGCACGCAUGGUUCGUGACCAGAAGGAGAUUUCGAAACAAGAAAGCUUCCGUGGAGCUUCCAAGUACAUCAAUCAAGAAAGGCGAUGA